UCUAUUUUGAAUUGCGUCUGAGCAAGCAUGAAAGUGAACACUGAACAAGCAUCUUUACCAGAAAUUCCAGAAGCAGAAGCUACCACAUCCACAGUGGACGCUGAAAUUCCACUAGAGGAGGCUGAAAAGAUUCCUUCUGAGGAGUUUCAAGUGAUAGAAGUCUGCAGAGUGUGUGAAAAGUUGCAGAAUUUGCUUGACAUGUCCACCGAAGAUUUUAGUAACUUGAAUGACAAACUCCACAUAAUUGGCGAUUUUGAGGACAAGUACGCCAAGUGUAUGAAAUUUAUUUGCGAAUCUUGCAGUUAUGAGCUAGAGAAAGCAUUCUACUUCAAAAUUAAGUGCCAAAAUACGUAUAAUAAACUUGUUAAUCAGCUUGAAAAUGAAAAUCACGCAAAAGAACAUGAAGAAUCAGUUGAAUCUGAAGAAGUAGAGGCAAACUAUUUCGAUGUAUUUGAAGUUGUUGAGACUUUUGAUUCUAGCGAAUAUAAAAACAUUGAAUUGCCCGAAGUCGAUGAUUUGUUGCCAACCUUUAUAUAUGAAGAAUCUCAAGAUGAUACAGAUCAAGAUACUGAAAGUGAGAAAGAAACCACUCCUGCACCGAAAAAGUUACCAAAGAAACCAUCUAAACCUAGGCGAAUAAUAUAUAUACCCCAGGCGAUGAGAAAACCAGUUGAUAAAACUAUUUGGGGCAUUACAAAACCAAAAAAGCUCGCCACUGAUCAUAGAUAUACUUGUGCUCACUGUGGGCGUUCUUACAAGAGUCGACAAGCUUUUACGGAUCAUGUCGAAUUUAAGCAUUUGAAAAUCACUCGCUAUAAAUGUGAUAUCUGUGGUAUAAAAUUCAGAUACAACCCAGAUUACUAUGUCCAUCGCAAACGACAUAAAUGUGACAUUUGUGGAAAGUUGCGAAAAAUAUCCAAUUUCGAAAACAAUGUUGAAAAUGAGGAUUCUAAGUUUUGCGAACAUACAGAGUCUGCAUCUACGGUUGAGAAGCAAUAUUCUAAUAAUGUUCGAGAAGAGAGACUUCCAUGUCAUAUCUGUGGCAAGAUUCUGAAAUAUAAGUCAACUUUAAAUGCGCAUUUACAAACGCACGAAGAAUCUAGUACAAAUAGAAAUAAAUAUAAGAGAUUUCUCUGUGAUAUCUGUGGACAUCGUGCAGUUAGCCAACUAAGCCUCAUGGAACACAGGAACAUCCAUAUGGAUGUGAAAAAGUACCAAUGCUACGUGUGCGGCAAGGCCUUUAAACUAAAACAGACUUUGGUCGGUCAUAUUAAAAUCCACCUUGGUAUAAAGCCCUUCGCAUGCAGCUACUGCCCAAAAAGAACUGUGUCAAAAUCACAUCUAGACACUCACUUAAAGAUUCACACAGAUGAGAGAAAUUACAAGUGUAAGGAAUGUGGAAGGGCUUUUAAGCACUCAAGUUCACUGAAAAUGCACAUAAGAAUUCAUACCGGAGAUACACCAUUUCAGUGUUCAUUCUGCUCUAAAAAACUUAUGCAGAAGAGAUCUCUUGAGUAUCAUUUGAAAAGGUGCAGGAAGAACAACAAAAAAGAACAACCGGAAAAACAAAUCAACAAAAAUGGUGAUGCUGAAACGGAGCUUGAGCCAAAAGACAUGGAAAGUGUUCGGUGAUCCUGGCAACCGAGGUUCAACUUAGGCUUGACUUCUAUGAAAAAAUACAAGUAAUGUGAAUUAAAGAGAAAUGUCGAAAUAUAAAAUAUAUUGCUUAAGAAAAGACUGAGAAA